CAGGCAUUUAUAGCCCCCGUUGUCAUGUGAUUCUUGGGAUAUAUAUAACACCAGUAAACGAGCUUGGUCCACCACACCCAUUGAUUCCUCCUCGAGGAACAGUGAUCUGAGCACGCUUGAACAUGGCACCUGGAUUCACCGUAGCGCUGCUGAUAUGCGCUUCUCUUGCGCCUCUGGCAGUUUCUUUACUCUCUUCGUCGUCUUGUGCUAAUAUCCAAUGCCCCAAACACAAAAUCUGCGAAGUGGUGAACGGCAUUGCAAGCUGUGCCUGUAGCCGAGUGUGUACAACGCAGGAUAAAGGUCCCAUGUGUGGUACGAAUGGCAAGACCUACGGCAAUAAAUGCAGGCUGGAGAUCGCUACAUGCAAGAGUGAAGGAGCCAUACAACUCGCAUAUUAUGGACCCUGCCUCCCUACUCCAACUCCCACGUCAUCGGUGUCGCCUUGCGCGGCCGUACUGUGUGCACAAUAUAAACUCUGCCAAGUUGUUAACGGUAAGGCGUCCUGCACGUGUGACAGAGCGUGCACCUUGGAGUACAUGCCAGUGUGUGGCACGGAUGGCAAGACAUACGGCAACAAGUGCGCCCUAGCGAUCGCCACAUGCAAGAGUGACGGGGAUAUUCAGAUGGCGUACAUGGGAGAGUGUGCGUCUACCUCACCUCCACCCUCGCCCUGCGCAGCUGUUAGAUGCGCCAGUUACAAAGUAUGCGAGGAAGUGAACGGAUUCGCAAGAUGUGUUUGUAACAGGGCAUGUAAAAAGAUAUACAGCCCAAUGUGUGGUACAGAUGGCAAGACAUAUGGCAACAAAUGUAUGCUAGAAAUCGCCACAUGCGAGAGUGAAGGAGCUGUAAAGCUUGCCCACGAAGGAGAAUGCAUCGCUACUUCGCCCCCGCUUACAUGCGCGACUGUAAGAUGCGCCAAGUACAAAGUAUGCGAGGAAGUGAACGGAAUCGUGAGAUGUGUUUGUAACAGAGCAUGUACAAAAAUAUACAGGCCAGUGUGUGGUACAGAUGGCAAGACAUACGGCAACAAAUGCGUGUUAGAGAUCGCCACAUGCGAGAGUGAAGGAGCCGUGCAACUUGCGCACGAAGGAGAAUGCGCUAGCGACAAUACCCAGAUACCGGAGGCAAGAUGAAAUAUUUUAGAUAUUUGUUAAAAAGCAUAAGGAUGAAACAGAUUCGGCUAUAGACACCGAGCACCGAUAGAUUCAGGUUUUCAUAAACAACUAGAGGUCAAGUGGCCGAAUUAAGAUAAAAAAUAAAUCUUAAUAAAAAAUUAAUAUCUCAAGAUCGUGAAAAAGGAAAGGGAAAUAUAUUCCAGAUAUGUAAAGCUAUUUAAUAAAUGUUAACAUAAAUCAGA